UAUUUAUUUUAAUAAUUUUCCCUCACUUGACCAGAAGAUGGCGACAAACGUCACCGCCGACAGAAACCCCGACGUCACAUGAACCAUCAUUAAACAAUUAAAUAUAAAACAAGGUCCAGAAGAGAAACACAGCAGCGGCACAUGAACCACUGAGGCCCCUUCAUGCUGCACCCGUGAACGCACCAUCCAUGCGCCUUUGAGACCACAGCAGGAGGAGGAGGAGGAGGAGGAGUUGGUAUGAUUGUGGAGUCGUGAGCUUCUUCAUGAGGACUUGUUGAGAUGAAGAUGGAGGAGCGGCGGGUGGAGGUGCGGAGGGUGUCUGGCGGAUGCUGAGCAGCGAAGCCGCCUCAUCACCAUCAUCUCAUCCCAUCCAUCCUCCCACAGCGAGUACAUGAGUCAACAUGGCCGCGGAGCAGCUCGCCCUGCAGCAGCACUGAGCACCGGAAUACAAACCACACACAGAUUAAAUGGCGUUCAUGUCCCGGUUCUCCCGGUCCCGGAGCAGCUCCAGGUCUCCGAACCGGAAAGACUCCGAGCGCGUCUCCCCGAACCUGACGGUGUCCGAGCUGGAGAGGCUGCUGUGCACCGGGAAGACCGCCUGCAACCACGCAGACGAAGUGUGGCCGCGGCUCUUCAUCGGAGACCAAGAUAUUGCAUCAGACCGGCGUGAGCUUGCCAAACUUGGCAUUACUCACAUCCUCAACUGUGCGCAGAGCAAGUGGCGCGGCGGAGCCGAGUAUUACGCCGGGAUGAACAUCACCUAUCACGGCAUCGAGGCUCACGACUCCCCCACCUUUGACAUGAGCGUCAACUUCUACCCUGCAGCUGAAUUCAUCCACAAAGCCCUCACAAGUGGAGGGAAGGUGCUGGUCCACUGCACUGUGGGAGUGAGCCGCUCAGCCACCCUGGUGCUGGCCUACCUGAUGAUCAGACAGAACCUGACGCUGGUGGAGGCCAUCAAGACGGUGAAGGACCACCGAGGCGUCAUCCCCAACCGGGGUUUCCUCCGGCAGCUCAACGGCCUGGACGGCAUCCUGAGAGAGAGCCGCAAGACGUCGCAGCAGAGCUGAAAGUGUCCUCGACGCUCCGGCGGGGCCGGUUUACACUGAGGGAGGUAACGGGACCAAGUCAGGAGCAAACUGUCACUUUCUGACACUUUUCCUCUGUAGCAGCAGGUGAUUUACUGAUAUCAGCAUCUUUAGAUUAUUUAUUCAUUUAUUAUUAUUCUUUUGUUUGUGUUUGAGCCUCUGAAACAUCGUCAGCAUCUCCGGUGAAGAUCCACAUGGAGGACGGCCCACACGCACACACACACACACACACACAACUUUUAGCCAGGUAAUGAAGAAUUAAUUCCAGUCAGUAUAUUUAUACACAUUUUUGUCUCAAAGGGUUUCACAGCAGCGAUCAGAGGAGGCGUCUGUUGGAUCUGAACCUUCUGACCAGCAGCGAUCCGUCUUGACAGUGACGACCUUUGAGCUCAAAAGAACGAAUCGUAGCAUUUAAGUAUUUUGUCAUUAUUAUUAUUUUUAAGUUAUUAGCCACCAAGCAAAUGAUCUAGAAAGCCUGGAUGUGUAUCACAGUUUCUGGAGAGUAAGUUAUACGACCAAACAACUGCUUAAAAAAAUGUUUAAAAAAGGAAAUACCAGCUAACAGUAUUACCACUGCCCCCGUAGUGCUACUAGUAAAAUCAUGUAGAAAUGAUCUGCAGUGUUCCUGUCAGCCAGCCUGGAGCUCAGGGUUGGGAUUCAAACUACCACACUUGGCCCUGAGCACACAGCGGCUCUACCGUCUUUUGUAAUCAGACCCGAGGUUCUGUCGGUGCCGCUCGGCCCACAGAAAGAAGAUUCUCGCUCAGUUCCUCCCCCCCCUCCACCCGGAGUCUUUGCAGGUCUUCCCUCGACUUACUUUUUCUACAUUCAGCAAGUGUCAUUAAGUGCUCUGAACAACUCUCACACUAGUUGUAGCCCAGGUCCAAACCAGCACAGUUAUGUAGCCCGUUGAUUAUUGUGCGACAGUGUUGUCACGAUCUGUACACGAUUAUUAUUAUCUGUGACGAGUUUGUGGAUAGCAGCAUCAUACAGUAUUAUAUUUGUUUUCAACUGAGUGUUGAAUAAGUUCAGUGUAUUAUAUUCUUUUUUUUUUUAAUCCAGUGUAUUUUAUAUAUUGAGUGUUAAGAUCUGAAAUUCACCCUGUAGGUCCGGCAGUACUGGAGCCCGUUUGGACUGGAUUAAGAUUACAGGGCGAGGUGAGGAAAUGAAAUAUUAUAUCGGAUUAACUGCACCUCUUAAUCAUAUCAUUCUGUUUUACUCCAGUUGCAAAAUAAACGUCUAACAAUCCACAAACAUCCUGCUUCAGAACUUGCCUUAGAAUCCUCACAUUUUAAGUCUUCUUCAAAUUUGAAAGUAAUCCAGUCGUAGCUGCCUGCAGAUCCGCUGGUUCAUUACAAAAAGGAACUGCUUCUGGAUAAUUCGGCUUACGGUUUGAUAGCACCAGCUUGCCAAAAAUUGGAACUGAGAUCAGCCCGCCUCCCCUUGAGAAUGAAAUCCAGUCUGAAAUGGCGCUUUAGACUCGACAUCGUCACUCUAACGAGGCUUUUAAACAGCUUCCAGUCUGGUGUAUCGCGUCAAACGUCACGGUGACUGUUAGCCGUCUAGAGUAGAUCUCUCAGUGAUGAUUUAAUAUGCCAGCACAAUGAAGCAUUUAGAGCAGACGAGCAGUGGGAGACGACACCGCAAAUGUGCCAUUGCAAAAGCUACCAACUGCCCGGAUGACAGGGGAGUCCUGGAGAGCCCGGCGCUUUUUGUUCUUGGUGCUCAAGUGAGGCUCGUGUUCUCAUGCUGGUGGGAAACUACAGACGAUCCAGUGCUGAAAUUUAAACCAGCUUCUUUUCUUUCCCUUCCCUUGUGUUUUAUUAAUGAUUACCUCAAAGUACCCAACAUGUGUUUUUGUGACUCGUGGUCUUUGUCUGUGCCGUUUUGUUUUGUUUUUUGUUUUGACGCCAGCAUGAAUUACGCUACAGGUUGACGAGGAAAAAGGAAGAUGAGCACGUUUGUUCAGCUCGUUUGGAGAAAAAAAAAAUGUAAAUAAAAAAAGCUGAUUAGUUGAUUUGUACCUUCUGUGCAGACCUAAAGGUUUGGUUCAGUUUAUUUAUUUUGGACAUAUUCACUUUCCAGCCAAGAGUUAAGAUGAGAAGACCAAUCAGAACCACUCUAUUGGAGCUGAGUUAGCUUAGCUUAGCAUGUAAAGUUGUGUAAACAAACACGGUGUAAUCAGGAAAUCAGUCCUUCUGUAUCUUGUUUUCACCGCGAUAACAACAGAUUGGACAGAAAACGUGACGGUGUUUGAUAUUCUCAUCUAACUCUCACUGAGAGAGCAAAUAUUUCAGCUAAAGAGUGUUUUUGCAUCGCGGCCUUGGGAAAAUCAAGGCAGCAGCUGAUCUGGACGCGACUAUCAUGAGUGAUUUGUUACCGUUGUGUGUUAUAAAUGAAUCCCCACUUCACAGAUGAGACCCGUCGAUCCCCAUCACAUAAAAGAUUCUGGAUAUUUUAAAUUGGCUCUUUUGUUUUGUACAAGAUUUUGAUUGAAUUGUGACGUUCGACCUGUCGAAAACUCCUCUCACGUCAGGAAAACGGAGACGUCCUUCUCUCUGUUAAACACUACGAUGUCCUGGUGCAGCAGAAUCUGCCUUUUACGACUCAGUUAAACUCCCGAGGAAACAUUUGAAGUAGAAAACUCUCCGUGGGUAUUUUUCUGAACGGGGCCUCGUUACGAUCUUUACCUUUUGCUGUACUGGAUCUGUAUGUUUUGUAUUUGUGGUUUUAUCGUGCCGUGAUUGGUCGUUGGUCUCGAUUUUCCUCUUUAUAUUCUCGUAUAUAAAUACAUAUAUAUAUAUUUAUCUUUGUUUUUCUUACGGAGACCUUUCUAUAGGGAAACUUGAAUUCUUUUGAGUUAUUUUUGUAUCACUCUCUUUGAAGUUCACUGAAGGAGAAACUUGCAAAGGAGAUGUUGAUGCCUUAAUCUGUGUACUUCAACUCGGUUGGUAGACUUUUGUUUUUAUUGUGCAUAACACUGAGCAUUGAUAACUUUGUUUUGAUAAAUUCUGUACUUGAUCUUAAUCGGAUAAUAAAGAAAAACUCUCGUA